AUGCAAACUUCAUGUUUAGAAUUUUUAAACUCACUGGAUUUUGAAAAUGCCUUUUCAAAGCGUGGUAUAAUAAGUACCUUAGUGGGUAUUUUUUUAGGAUUAAUAGUAUCAAUAACAGUAAACAGUACCCUUGUAGAAAUCAGCCUAUCUCUAUUUUUCUCAACAUAUUUUGGUUUAUUAUUUAUUGGAAUUGGUUGUUUAAUAUAUUGGCGUGUUUCUGUUACUUUUCAACAAGUUACUGAAGAACAGGGCUUAGAUAAACGAAGAUUUCUCUUGAUAUUUGCCGGUAUAAUUAUGUUAUCAGGAUUACUCUGUUUCAUGCUAGAAAAAGAAUGGUUUGCUGGAUUAUCCGCUUUGUUACGUGUACCUAUUUAUUCUAUUUUAGGUUUGUCAAUAUCUUUUGCCUUAGCAUUUUCUCUUGUGGAUGUUGUUAAUUAUAUAUCAGGAUUAAUAAUGGGCCCUGAAAGUCCAUUACUUAUUAGUUCUAGAUCUCAAAUUUUAUUGGUUAUCUCAUCUUCACUUAUUAUGGGUUGCUUAUUUGGUUUGAUUUUUGGAUUAGUAGAAGAUUCACAUUCGCAAGUUCACUAUAUCAAUAUUUCACUUAUGAAACAAAAACAUUAUUGUUAUACUAUUGGUAUUAUUCAAGGAGCUAUUUGUGGUUUUGGAAAUGAAGUUUUAAGGGUAUCAGACAAAUCUUAUAUGACAAUGGGGAGAACCACUUAUGAUUCUGAAGUAUAA